AGCUAAAGAGAUUUGUCAAAGUAACAGCAAUUAGGUUAACCUAGAUGAGAAUGACAAUUAAGAAGAUCAUGGAUAUACAAGAAGGGACUUUAUUUCUAGACAUGCUUCAGAAAAUAAUGAAUGGGAUCAACUCAAUAAAACAAGAACUGAGAAAUAAUAGACAAGCGUGGAGAACUGAAUUUCAUGAAAUGAGACAGGAGCUGAAAGAAACUCAGGAUUCUGUGAGAAAGGAGAAUAAAGAUAGAUCUGGAAAACAAAAAAAGGAUGAAAGAGAAAUUAAAGGCAAGGUUCAAUCUAUGGAGAUUGGCUUAAAUAUGGACAUGAAAAAAGAUUUGGAUUUCCUGGUUGUGACGGAUCCUGGAGAUAAAUAUUACAGUUUGGAAUACAGCGCUGUCUCUGAAGGAAUUGAAGAGACUGGAGAUAAAGAUAUUAUCAGUUCAAAAAAAUUCCUGGACUGGAAGGAUUUGAUGGAACUCGAAAUGGAGAAAGUUAACAGAAUUAAUCCCUGUUUUGUGACAAUGGAAAAACCUUCAAGAGAUGUACUAGUGUAUCAUGUGGAAAAGAGGAGCAGAGAUGCGGCUUUGAAACAAUACUUCAGUGUUACGUUUGGAUUUGAUGGUGAGAAAAUAUCUAUGAUGGAGGAAAUUCCUAUUAGACUUUUAUUAUAUGACUAUGACAGCAAGAUUUUUGGGUGCGUAGAGAUGGAAGAUGGAAGACGGACCCAAUAUGGAUAAUGACAGAAGAGCGAUUUGAAAUUACUGGACUCAGUAGAUUUGAUGAGUUGAAUUAAUUGACAUGUUUAUUUAGAAAAAAAAAAUUGAUUGACAUAUAUCUCAA